AUGCGGGUCCAAUUCUUCAUCGCUGCGUUCCUCGCAUCAAUUGGUGCCCAAGCGGACGAGACGAGCACCCGAACCACGGGCUAUUUCUCCCCCGACUGGAACAAUGCCAACUUCCCCGGCGCCUGGCACAGUACUGCCGCUAGCAUCGCUGGUAUCAACGCGGAAGCUACCACCUAUCACGUUGGGUGCCUGAAAGACGCGCCCAAAUCGGAGUGCAACUUGGUCAACUCGAUCACCAUCAUUCAGGGUACCAAGACCGUGAACUUUGAUGCCAAAUACAUCGCCACCAAGACCGGCGAUGAUGGCUACGACCUAACUGUCACCGAAACCUAUGACUGCUCACUGAAGUCAUCCACCGAGUCAGCCAGUUGCACAAUGAGCGUGAGUGUGGGUGGCUCCCGGGAUGGAGGCAAGACUUCUUCGUCUUCGUCCACCACCGCCACCUACACCACGGCCCCAAUGACCAGCCGAUACUUCGAGCUGGCUAUCACCGGAGGACUGAAAUCUCUAACCUCCCCCCAGGCCACCGAGACACCCGACGCUGCUGCCGCCGGACCUGCUGGUGCCAUGAUCACAGCUGGGCCCGUGGUUGCGGUUGCGAUUGCUGCUUUGCUUUGA